UAAGUAGCGCUCCAUUUUCCUAGCUCUCGCAAGUCGUUAGCACCAUUUUGUGAUGAAUGAGGGGAGAGAGGCCGACAGAGCUGUGGAGCAGAAGUAGAUUGGUGUUUUUAGCCAAUUUUGUGGGAUAUAGCUUUGUUUUUAAGUUCUUAAAUAUAUUUGGAAGAGGGGCGGUAGUUGUACAGUUCUCGGGCGUCAAGUAGAGAAGUUUGGAGUGUGAGUUUUGUCGAGUCGCGCUAAAGCUACACAGCUAACAGCUACACGAGUCUUUCAGAGAAAAGGAGAGAUCCCUGCAAGUCUGAAGAAACAUGAGCGCCCCUUCUUCUCAAAAAGUCGUGCUGAAAAGCACCACCAAGGUGUCCCUGAAUCAGCGCUUCACAAACAUGCUGAAGAACAAGCAGCCGACAGUGAGUAACAUCCGGGCGACCAUGCAGCAGCAGCACAUGGCCAGUGCGAGGAACCGCCGGCUUGCUCAGCAGAUGGAGAACAGGCCCUCUGUGCAGGCUGCCCUGCAGCACAAACAGGUAAGAGAGGGAAUGGCAUGCACAAAGAUGACCUGCCGCGGGGGUCUGAGAGGUCGUGGAGGGUUUGCAGGAAGGGGUCGUGGACGCGGCAGAGGCCGAGGAGCAGGCCGUCCCAUCGUCACACGUGAGCAGUUGGACAACCAGCUUGAUGCUUACAUGUCCAAGACCAAGGGCCAUCUGGAUGCCGAGCUGGAUGCGUAUAUGGCCCAGGCAGACCCUGAGAGCAUGGAGUAACCACAGCCGAGCUGAGAGAGAGACAGCAGCUCCCCAAAGAUCUGCAGAUAAUAGACUGAUUGACAAGAUACACAUUCAGUACCAUUAAAGCUGUUGCUCUUGGACACCCCCCGAGAAGACAUUUUAAACUUGAAGGUUGUACAAAGUUAUGGUUCCAUCCCCAUUAUCUUCAAAGAUUUGUGAGUCGCCACUCGCAUUUUCUAAACUGAACUCUGUACCAUCACACAAGCCUACCACAGUUCUAAAACACAAGUCCUCUUAGAAAACGUUUGGCAGUAAAGUGAAGGGGAAAAAACAUGUUUUCCUUUGAGCUAUAAUAAUAGAGAUUGUGCUUGUAAUGUUUAUUGGCUGAAAUUCUGAAAAUGACCCAAUGUAUGUGGAGCUGUGAACUCUUAACCAAGGACAUUUGAUCAUCUGGUGUUAAAAUGUGGUUUAUAUAGAUGAACAGAUGUUAAUUGCCAUAAUGUUCUACAAAUGAAACUUACGUUUUAUUGUAUUUUUAUGUUUUAAAGUAGAACUUUUAUUCGGUAUACACAAUCUUGAUGUCUUUUUUUUUUUUUUGUCUGUCAUAAAAGAUGUUUUAAAAG